AUGCAAGCACAGGCAGGGACCCUCCCCAAACCCAUCAUCUAGGCUGAGCCCAGCUCUGUGAUGCCCUGGGGGACACCUGUGACCAUCUGGUGUCAGGGGAGCUUGGAGGCCCAGGAGUACCACCUGCAUAAAGAGGGGGACUCAUGGAAUUGGGAAAAGCGGAAGCCACUGGAGUCCGGGUACAAGGCCAACUUCUCCAUCACAUACAUGACAGAUGUAUAUGCAGGAAGAUACUGCUGUGACUAUGAAUGCCCCAAUGACUGGUCAGAAUACAGUGACCCCCUGGAAUUGGUGGUGACAGGAUCCCAGGGCCAACCCAGCCUCUCAGCCCUGCCCAGCCAUGUUGUGAUCUCAGGAGGGAACGUGACCCUCCAGUGUGUCUCACGGAUGGGAUUCCACAGAUUCAUCCUGAUGAAGGAAGGAGAGCGCCAGCCCUCCUGGACCCUGGGCUCCCAACCAGCCCCCCGUGGGGGUACCCAGGCCCUGUUCCCUGUUGGACCUGUGACCCCUAGCCUCAGGUGGAUGAUCAGAUGCUAUGGCUAUUACAGCAAUACCCCCCAGGUGUGGUCGGACCCCAGUGACCCCCUGGAGCUGCUGGUCUCAGGUGUGUCAGGGAAGCCCACCCUGCUGACCCAGCAUGGCUCUCUAAUGACGCCUGGACAGAGCGUGACCCUCCAGUGAGGCUCUGAUGUUGGCUACGACAGAUUCGCUCUGUCCAAAGAGGGGGCACCUGACCCUCCCUGGCAGCUUGGCAAGCAGCCCCAGGCUGGCUCGUCUGGGGCAGACAUCCCCCUGGGCCCUGUGAAACCCUCCCAUGGGGGCCGGUACACGUGCUACGGUGGACACACCCUCUCCUCCGAGUGGUCAGCCCCCAGUGACCCCCUGGACAUCCUGCUCACAGGACAGCUGCCCUACACACCCUCCCUCUCGGUGCAGCCGCGACGCAUGGUGGCCCCAGGAGAGAAUGUGACCCUGCUGUGUCUGUCAUGGAGCUCUGUGGACACUUUCCUUCUGACUAAGGAGGGAGUAGCCGAUCCCCCGCUGCGUCUUAGAUCACAGUACCAAGCUGGGCAGCACCAGGCUGAAUUCCCCAUGAGUCCUGUGACCUCAGCCCACGGGGGGUCCUACAGGUGCUACGGCUCCGCCAGCACCUCACCCUACCUGUUGUCACAGCCCAGUGACCCCCUGGAGCUCCUGGUCUCAGGACCCUCUAUGGGUCCCAGCCCCACAACCACAGGGCCAGGCUCAGCUGACUGUCCCCAAUGGUACCUGUACAUCCUCAUCGUGGCCGCGAUGGCCUUCAUCCUGCUGCUCGGCCUCCUCGUCUGCCUCUGGGUUCAACACUGGCAUCAGAGCAAAGGCAGGAAGUCGGGGGCUGCAGACCCAGAGCCCAAGGACAGAGGCCUGCAUGUCAGAUCCAGCCCAGCUGCUGCCACCCAGGAGGAGAGCCUCUAUGCUGCCAUGCAAGACACUCAGCCUGAGGAGAGGGUAGAGCUGGACCAUCAGAACACACAAGAUGAAGACCCCCAGAGACUGACGUACGCCCAGGUGAGCCGGUCAAGAUCAAGAUUCAGGUGGGGACUGGCCAUUUCUCCUUCCCCUGUGUCAGAGGGAUUGCUGGACUCAGAGGACAGACAAGCAGAGUAAAGCAGGCAGAUGGACUGUCAGGUUGCUGCAUCUGACACCCCCCAGGAUGUAACCUACACCCAGCUUCACCCCUUGACUCGGAACCUCUGCAAAACCACCAUCUGAGCUGAGCCAGGCUCUGUGAUGCCCUGGGGGACACCUAUGACUGUCUGGUGUCAGGAGAGCCUGGAGGCCUAGGAGUACUGCUGCAUUAAAGGGAGCUCAUGGACCUGGGACAGACUGCUGCCACUGGAGCCUGGAGACAAGGAGUUCUCCAUCACACACAUGACAGAUGUAUAUGCAGGAAGAUACCACUGUGACUAUCUCAGUCCCACUGGCUGUUCAGAGGCCAGUGACCUGGAGCUGGUGGUGACAGGAUCCCAGGGCAAACCCAGCCUCUCAGCCCUGCCCAGCCCUGUCGUGACCUCAGGAGGGAACGUGACCCUCCAGUGUGCCUCAUGGAUGGGAUUCCACAGGUUCGUCCUGAUGAAGGAAGGAGAGAACCAGCCCUCCUGGAUCCCAAACUACCAGCCAGCCCCCCGUGGGGGGAUACAGGCCCUGUUCCCUGUGGGCCUCAUGACCUCCAGCCUCAGGUGGAUGUUCAGAUGCUAUGGCUAUUACAGCAAUACCCCCCAGGUGUCGUCGGACCCCAGUGACCCCCUGGAGCUGCUGCUCUCAGCCUCGGACCCCAGAGAUUACAUGGAAAAUCUGACCUGCAUGGGCAUGGCUGUCUUGAUCCAGGUGGUCCUCGGGAUUCUGCUGUUAGAGGUUCAGCACAGCCAGAGAAGGACCCCAGAUGCACACAGCUGGUUCAUACCUUCCUACAGCGGCAGCUCUGGUCCACUUUUCAGGAGCAACACCAUGUCCCCUCGAGUCAUCAGCCUCGCAUGUCUUGGGUUCUUCUUCAGCCAGAGGAUUGGGGCACACGUGGGUGGUCAGAACAAGCCCUUCCUCUCUGCCUGGCCAAGCCCCGUGGUUCCUCAAGGGCAGCAUGUGACUCUUCAUUGUCGCUCCCAUCACAAGUUUGAAGCAUUCAGACUGUACAAGGACAAUGACAUCUUCAUCUCCAAGCUCCAUAGCACAAUAUCGCAAUACGGUGUCCUCAUUGGCCCUGUAACCCCAGAACAUGCAGGAACUUACAGCUGUCAGGGAUCCUACCACAAUUCCCCCUCUCUGUGGUCAGCACCCAGUGACCCCCUGGUGAUUGUGGUCACAGGAAUCUACAGAAAGCCUUCCUUGUUAGCCCAGUCGGGUCGCCUGGUGAAAUCAAGAGGGAACGUGACCUUGGUCUGUUGCUCAGAGAUCCUGUUUGAAAGCUUCAUUCUUCACAGAGAGGGGGUAUCCAAGGACCACUUGUACCGUGCUGGUCAGCACCAUCAUGGGGGCUCCCAUGCUAACUUUUCCAUGGGUCCUGUGACAGCCGCCCAUGCAGGGACCUACAGGUGCUUCGGUUCUCUCAAUCACUCCUCCCAUGUGUGGUCUGCCCCCAGUGACCCCCUGGAUAUCAUGAUCACAGGUCUACACGAGAAACCUUCUCUCUGGACCCAGCCAGGCACCGUGGUGAGGACAGGAGAGAACGUGACCUUGUCCUGCUGCUCAGAGAGGUCCUUUGAUGUGUACCAUCUAUCCAGAGACGAGCAGCCCCAUGAGUGCUGGCUCGCUAAGGGACAGAAGCACGGCAGUGCAACCCAGGCUGACUUCCCUUUGGGCCCUGCACACCCAGCCAUAGGUGGGACCUACAGAUGCCAUGGCUCCUUCAACCCCUCUCCUUGUGAGUGGUCAGGCCCGAGUGACCCACUGUUCCUUUCUGUCACAGGAAACUCUUCAAGUAGUUGCCUCCCAUCCACAAAACCAACCUCCAAAACUGAUAACCCCAGACACCAGCAUGUUCUGGCUGUGCCCUUAGUGGUCAUCGUCUUCCUCGCUGUCCUUCUUUUCUUCCUCAGUCGUCAGUGGUGCCCUCCCAAAGAGGAUGCUGCUAUAAUGAACAGAGAGCCUGAAGUGGAUAGAAUGGUGAGUAGGGAGGACCCUCAAGCAGAAGACCCACAGGAAGUGACAUACACACAGUUGGAUCAUCGCAUUUUCAUGCAGAAAAACACCACUCCCACUUCCCAGAGGCCUGGGGAACCCUUGCAUGAUGAAAGUGUGUACAUGGAACUUGCAACAGGCUGAGACCAAUCAAGGCAUAAAUCCUAUGCCCCAAGAACCCACAAGAAGACCCUGAGGAGGCUCUCCAUAGAUGCCAUAGCACUUUCUGAACACACCCCCACCCAACAACAGCCAGAAUCGGAAGACAGAAGUCUUCAUCUUCCUCUCAUCCUAAGAAGGAAUAACAAUCUUAGAAAACCCCCCAUCCCUUCUAGGAUACUAUUAUGAUGAUCCAGACAUUUCCAAUA